UGACUGUCGACGGAGUGGAAGGGAACUGCUGCAUUACACCUGUGCGCAAAACCCUUUCUCUUUAAAAACAAACAAACAAACAAACAAACAAUCUGCGGGACUUUCUUCGACUGCGUGAAUGUAGCCAGAUUUUGGUUUAUUCCCUUUAAACGCAAGGCACAGCCCACAAUUAUGAAGUGCAGCCAUGGCAGGCAAGGGUAAGGCAGCCGCGAGGACGCUGGAGGAUUUGACGCUCGAUUCCGGUUAUGGUGGAGCGGCGGACUCGUUUAGGUCGUCCAGCGUGUCGCUCUGCUGUUCCGACACGCACCCGUCGUUCCCGCAUGGGGGAAACUGCUGGCAUCUGACCGAAUCCAUGCACAGCAGGCACAACAGUCUGGACACGGUGAACACCGUGUUGGCGGAGGACACGGAGAUCCUCGAAUGCUCGGGCCAAUGUGCCAAGCUUCCCGAGCUCGAGGAGGUGCCGUGGAGCGUGGCCGAGGUGGAGGGCGCGCUGCGGAAGGACGACGAUGUGGCGCGCGCGGCCGGCGCGUCCCGCGACAUCGUGGCCAAGCUGUCGGCGCUGCUGAGCCGCGCGCUCGUCCGGGUCGCCCGCGAGGCGCAGCGCCUGAGCCUGCGCUACGCCAAGUGCACCAAGCACGAGGUGCAGAGCGCCAUCAAGGUGGUGCUGUCGUGGACCAUCUCCGCCAACUGCGUGACUGCGGCGCUCGGCGCGCUCUCGCUCUACAACAUGAGCACGGCCGAUCGGUUCAGCCGCGGCAAGUCCGCGCGCUGCGGUCUCGUCUUCUCCGUAGGGAAGUUUUUCCGGUGGAUGGUGGACAGUCGCGUGGCUUUGAGGAUUCACGAGCACGCCGCCAUCUACCUGACCGCCUGCAUGGAGACCCUGUUUCGCGAGGUGUUCGCGCGCGUCCUGCGGAGCGCGCUCGUGGAGAAGGAAAACGGAGUUCCCAAGCUCACGGUCGAGUCCCUGGAGCAAGCGAUCAACAACGACUCAGAGCUUUGGGGUCUGCUGCAACCCUACCAGCAUCUCAUCUGUGGCAAGAACGCGAGCGGUGUGCUGAGCCUGCCGGACAGCCUGAAUGUACACCGAGAUCAGCAUAGAGCAGGGAAGAAUGCAGAAGGUCAUGUCUUUACCCAAGCUGAACUGCGCACCAUCGAACAGUCCCUCCUGGCCACCCGGGUGGGAAGCAUCGCUGAGCUAAGUGAUCUGGUGUCUCGCGCUAUGCACCAACUCCAGCCCCUCCACAUCAAGAGCCCAAGCAAUGGCACACCGGUGCAACAGAACAACGGAGGACCCAUACACUGGGAACCGGAGGCUCUGUACACUCUCUGCUACUUCAUGCACUGUCCCCAGAUAGAGUGGGAGAACCCCAAUGUGGAGCCCUCCAAAGUCACCCUGCACACAGAAAGGCCGUUCAUCGUUCUGCCUCCACUAAUGGAGUGGAUCCGGGUGGCUGUAGCACACACUGAGCACCGGCUGAGCGUUUCUGUAGACAGUGAUGAUGUGAGACAGGCCGCCAGACUGCUCCUGCCUGGAGUGGACUGCGAGCCGCGGCAGCUGAAAGCAGACGACUGCUUCUGUGCCACACGAAAGCUAGAUGCAGCCUCCACUGAGGCUAAGUUUCUGCAGGACCUCGGUUUUCGGAUGCUUAACUGCGGUCGCACUGACCUCGUUAAGCAAGCAGUCAAUCUUCUGGGACCUGAUGGCCUAAACAGCAUGAGCGAACAGGGAAUGACCCCGCUCAUGUACGCGUGUGUCCGUGGUGACGAAGCCAUGGUUCAGAUGUUGCUGGACGCCGGGGCUGAUAUAAAUAGCGAGGUUCCCAGCUCAAUACACAGACACCCCUCAGUUUAUCCUGACACCAGGCAGGGGACACCACUCACUUUCGCCGUGUUGCACGGACACGUCCCUGUCGUGCAGCUGCUACUGGAUGCUCGAGCCAACGUGGAGGGGGCGUUGCAGGAUGGAGCCGAGAACUAUGCUGAAACACCGCUCCAGCUGGCCUCUGCUGCAGGCAAUUUUGAGUUGGUCAGUCUGCUUUUGGAGAGGGGAGCAGACCCCUUAAUUGGAACCACAUACCGCAAUGGCAUUACUUCGACUCCUCUAGGGGAUAUGAACUCAUACAGCCUUGCUGCAGCACAUGGGCACAGGAACGUUUUCCGGAAGCUUAUGUCCCAGUCAGAGAAGGACAAAGGUGACAUGAUGUCUCUAGAGGAGAUCCUGGCCGAGGGCUCGGAGGCUGUCGGGGAGAAACGUACAAGCCACUCGGAGGGCACACUGCGCACAGGCAAGGCGAAACUGAGGGCCCUUCGAGAGGCCAUGUACCACAGCGCCGAACACGGCCAUGUGGACAUUACCAUAGACAUCCGCAGCUUGGGUGUGCCGUGGACUCUGCACACGUGGAUGGAGUCUCUGAAGACGUGCUUUCUGCAACAGCGGCGGCCGCUGAUCCAGGGCCUGCUUAAAGACUUUAGCUGCAUCCAGGAGGACGAGUACACUGAAGAGCUCAUCACACAUGGCCUCCCGCUUAUGUUCCAGAUCCUCCGAGCCAGCAAGAACGAAGUAAUAAGCCAGCAGUUAGCUGUAAUCUUCACUCAAUGCUACGGGCCAUUUCCAAUCCCCAAGCUGACAGAGAUCAAAAAGAAACAAACCUCACGACUGGAUCCACACUUCCUGAAUAAUAAAGAGAUGUCAGAUGUGACAUUCCUGGUGGAGGGAAAACCAUUUUAUGCCCACAAGGUGUUGCUUUUCACAGCAUCAGCAAGGUUUAAGUCUCUGCUUUCUAAUAGACCUGCUGCGGAGAACACGUGCAUCGAAAUUAGUCACGUCAAGUACAACAUUUUUCAGUUGGUGAUGCAGUACCUGUACUGUGGUGGCACUGAGUCGCUGCACAUUAGAAAUACUGAAGUCAUGGAGCUCCUCUCUGCAGCCAAGUUCUUCCAGCUUGAGGCCCUCCAGCGACACUGUGAGAUCAUCUGCUCCAAGAACAUCACCAUAGAAACCUGUGUGGACAUUUACAAGCAUGCCAAGUUCCUGGGGGCCACAGAGCUGUCAACCUUCAUCGAAGGCUACUUUCUGAAGAACAUGGUGCUUCUGAUUGAGCUGGAGACCUUUAAGCAGCUCUUGUACGAGGGACCCACUGAGAACCCGGGGCCAGGCCCUUCCUACGAUGUGCUCCAGGAUCUGGAACAAACCCUGGCCACUCGCAUCCACUCCAUCCAUCUCUCCUCUUCCAAGGGCUCUGUUGUCUGAUCCCUCUCGUCCGAAUCCAGUGGAAGAUUUCACUCAUUUUGGCCUGCUGUAUGACUUUCUGUAUCUGCCGCAGGCUCCUUUUGGUGUCUUUCGCUAAUUUCUAGGAUGAAUGUUUGUGAGCAGUUAUGAAAUUCCACUGAUCUGUACCAGGAGGUUGCAGAUUCUUU